CACGACGCCGCGGCCGCUCGUUCGCCUCCUGCUUAGCGUCGUCCGGAGUCUGGUCGCCUCAACCCCACCCGGUCGGCAGGAUCGGCCACACCCGGCUCGCAGCUCUGCAGUCCGCCGCGGGGCAGUUAAGCCUUCAGGUGAGAGAGCACAGCCUGGCCAGCCCUUGAAUGUGGCCUUGUGAGACUCUAAGCAAGAGGGUCAGUAAAGCCUGCUUUGGUUCCUGACUCACAAAGACUGAGAUGGUAUUUUUGUUGUGGAGGACCUUUGCUCUGACCUGCAGCUGGCUGCUGCCCCUUGACCCCCAGCUCUUGGUGGAGCUGGAAAGGGAAUGGGAAUAGGGUAGGUGGGCUCCAGAUACUCCAACCCUGCCAGAGAGCCCCAGUUCUGGUGAUGGUGCUCUGAACCACAGUGCACCUCAGUAUUCACAUCUAUGGACCUGCUUUGAACCAUAGAGCUUGCCUAUGGGGGAAGGUGACGCCAUCUGGGCCCCAGCUGUCCUUCCUCACAGCACCCUCAGCACCUUAGGCCACCACCCAGAACUACAUUUUGGGAGAAAGAUGGAAUCCAAGGUCUCAGAAGGUGGCCUGAACGUAACCCUGACCAUCCGCCUGUUGAUGCAUGGAAAGGAAGUUGGAAGCAUCAUUGGGAAGAAAGGAGAAACAGUGAAGAAAAUGCGUGAAGAGAGUGGCGCCAGGAUCAACAUCUCGGAGGGAAACUGCCCAGAGAGAAUCGUGACCAUUACGGGCCCAACUGAUGCCAUCUUCAAGGCCUUUGCUAUGAUCGCAUACAAGUUUGAGGAGGACAUCAUUAACUCGAUGAGCAACAGCCCUGCCACCAGCAAGCCCCCAGUGACACUGCGGCUGGUGGUCCCUGCCAGCCAGUGUGGGUCCCUGAUCGGGAAAGGAGGCUCCAAGAUCAAGGAGAUCAGGGAGUCCACAGGUGCUCAGGUCCAGGUAGCAGGGGACAUGCUGCCCAACUCCACAGAGAGGGCAGUGACCAUCUCAGGGACACCGGAGGCCAUCAUCCAAUGUGUGAAGCAGAUCUGUGUGGUCAUGCUGGAGUCCCCACCGAAAGGUGCCACCAUUCCCUACCGCCCAAAGCCCGCCUCCACCCCUGUCAUUUUUGCAGGUGGUCAGGUAAGAGCCGACCCGCUCGCGGCCUCCACUGCCAACCUCAGCCUUUUACUGCAGCACCCGCCGCUGCCCGCCUACACGAUCCAGGGACAGUACGCCAUCCCUCACCCAGAUCAGUUGACCAAGCUCCACCAGUUGGCCAUGCAGCAAACCCCCUUUCCUCCCCUCGGACAGACCAACCCCGCUUUCCCCGGAGAAAAGCUGCCUUUACACUCCUCCGAAGAAGCUCAAAAUCUGAUGGGCCAAUCGUCAGGUCUGGAUGCCAGCCCCCCAGCCAGCACUCACGAGCUCACCAUUCCCAAUGAUCUUAUAGGCUGCAUAAUUGGACGCCAAGGGACCAAAAUCAAUGAAAUUCGACAGAUGUCUGGAGCUCAGAUCAAAAUUGCCAAUGCCACCGAAGGGUCGUCAGAGCGUCAGAUCACCAUCACGGGGACCCCAGCCAAUAUCAGCCUUGCCCAGUAUCUCAUCAAUGCUAGGCUGACAUCUGAGGUCACCGGCAUGGGUGCGCUCUAACCUACCCAGGAUCCUCUGCUCCACACAUCUGAUGGCUCCAGCCUGCAGCCUCACUGGCUUGCACACUGUACAGACCGCCUGUCCUUCCUCGCAGAUAUGAAUAGAGCGUUUUCUUUAUAAACAGACAAUAGUGUGUGUCUGUCCACUCAGGCUCUGUGCGCUCUGUGUUAGUAUAGCCUCCACACAUUAGCAUGCAACUCUUUACUUUAAUGCUCAGCAUAUUCCCAUAUGUGAUGUUUCAGAAAUUCGUUCCUCAAUAUCUGUGACUAUCUGUUUAAAAGUUAGUUUCAUGCUUUGGCAGCAUUUCUUGUGUCCUACUAUCCCUUGUUCUCACAUACCCUCCUCUCCUACCUGGUCUGCUGACUUGAAUUUCCACCCUAAUUUGUUAUGCUGAAAUCAGGGAAGUGCCCCAGGAAAGGAGGGACUUGGGGAAUGUCUGAGAAGCAGAGUGCCAGAGGGUGGGACGGGACCCUGGUUUCAUUGGAUGUCUCAUAUCAGGGGGCAAGGCACUCAUGGCCCCCAGUUAUCUUCCAUGGUGGCUAAGAGCAAGGACUUACCAGGAAGCCCAUCUGUAUCCAUCAGAGUUCAAUAAAUGUCACGUUCCUCCCCGA